CGCGAGGGACACGGCCGCCAUUUGCACGCGCCAUCUGGCACUCGCGGCCAAAUAGUAUCGAGUAUAUCAGAGUAUAGUGCGAAUUCAGAGUUUCCUCUCGUGGAAGACGAGAUUGUCGUCGGCGUUGUGUCGAAGUGCGACGGGUCUCGCGAUCACAUCUCUGUCUUCGGCAGAUUUGAGGUUGAAAUUUACAAGCGAGUCUGUGAAUCUCUCUCUCUCGAGUUUCUGUCUAACCUGAUCUCACUUCUUGGCUUGAUUCGGUUAGAGUCUUCAAGUCUUCUGCGGGAUACCGAUUUAAGAACUGGAAACACGGGGAAGAGAGAAAGAGAGAGAUAGAGUGAGAGAGAGAGAGAGAGAGAGAAAGGGAGAAAUUUUCUGCUGCGAUUGAUUGAGAAAGAAUCUUGUAAUUAGCAAUCUUGAAAUUUGUGAAAAUUUCCAAAUACGGAGGAAAAUACAAACUGCGCUUAGUUUCUUGUAUUUCUUUUUCGUACACACUCAUUUUAAUGGUUGAUAUAAAAACACAGUUUUAAAUAUGCAACUAAUGCUCUCACCAAGAUGAAACAUCUACUGUGACAUUAACGAUUGUAUUGGAAUUCAUUUGUUUCAAGAUUGCAAUAUGUGUGCAAAGAAGAAAGUGAUUAUAUAGUGAGAACUACAGAAUAGGGACAGCAACACUGUAGUCAGUAUUAUUCUUCAAUGAUUAAGGGAGGUAUAUAUUCCAUCUCAAACAAGAAGAGAGAAAACAAGGGAUAAAGUUAAAAUUUAUCACAUGCUGGAGAACAAGUAUAAGUGGUUCUGAAGACGAAAGGAAAAAAAAGAGAAGAUGCCGAAUCCUGAAAUCAGCAAACGUGAUCACAAUUAUAGUGAAUCGAAAUCUCAAUAUGCCAACAAUAGUGUCGAUGGCGUUAUCAGCAAGAUACCUAAGACAGGGUCUAUUGUGGGUCAAAUUCGAGAUAUCAAUGAGCUGAAGAAGAUUGCGCCGCGCGUCCGUCUACAGGAUACUGAGAGCUUGACGAAUGAAUUGACGAGGAUCUCUUCUUUAAAUAACCACAAGUCACAGCAAAACAAUUCGUCCGUUCUCGAGAGAACGCGGCAAGAACUGAGAAAAUACUGCCGCACUUGCGCUGGCCUAAAACUGCCCUUGGUGGAUAUCUUUAGUGAAAAGGGUAUCAAAUUGCGAUUGAGUCAGCAAAUCAAGCAUCUCGAAGUGAAUCCUUAUGAUAGUCCAUGCACACAGAUGUGCAUGGACUGCAUCUGCGAUCUUAGAAUGAGUUAUAAAUUUUUCAUGCAGAUUAAAAAAGCUGAGAUAAAACUCAAAUCUAUCCAAGUCAAUCUCACGACUGAUAAUGUCACGAAGAAAGUAAUGCCGAUCGACGUGUCUUCAGCAAUGAAAGAAGAGAAACAAUCAUCUUAUUCAGAAACAAAGCAAGAAUAUCAAUUAACAUCAGCAAUCCAACAAAAUCCAUCUUUAUUCCAUCAAAAUCCAACACCAACAAAGCAUGAAAACCAAACCAUUUCUGGGAGUCAAGCAGAUGACUCUGUUCCCAAAAUUUGCGCCAUCUUUUCGUUGAACGAAUCGAAAGUAAAAAAGGAUUUUGGAAAGGAAGAAGAGGAGGAGGAAAAAGAAGAAGAUAACGACGAAGAAGAGGUAGUACAAAUAAGUGGAGGAAUAUUCGAGGAGGUGGCGGAGGGAGAGGAUGAAGAAUCUAUCGAGGAAUUUGAUCCUGAAGACCCUGCGCUUAUGGAAGAUGAACAAGAAGAAGAAGAAGAAGAAGAAGAAAAAGAAGGACUUUCAAGAUCUUUAAAAACCGUCUACAAGUACGAUAUGGCAGCAGACUCUUACGUGAGAGUGGAAGGAAAUGAUGAGCGAGUUUCUGUGGAAUCUGAAGCCUCCCAAACUUCAGGGAAUGAAAAUUUAAGAGAGGGAAUGAGGCAGCCGAAUAUCUUGAAAAGAAAACUAGUAACAUCGAAUAAGAAUGAUGGAGAGGACGAGGUACAAAACAUAGUGGAGCAGCACAAGGCACAAAAGUUAGAUUCAAAUAAUCUUUUGAAUAUCAAUAAUCCUCCAGAAGAAGAUGGAAUUAUGUACGUAACCGUGAAGGGAUCCAAACCGAACGAGAUUCUUUUGGUAAAGGUCAAGAAAAUGGACAAACCCAUGGAAUCCAAGCGCGCAGUAACCUCCGCUGAUCUCAAGCCUGUUGAGCGUUUUCUCAAACGUUAUGAAACGUUGACAUCGAAGGACUUUUCCUCUCGACGCCCCGAUGCCCGCGAGCAAAUAAUUGAGGAACAAAUCGAAGAAUAUAAAAAGAAACGAGAAAAAGUCCUUGGAGGUCAAUCGUUCAAUAGAGAGGAGAAAGAGGAGGAGGAGGAGGAAGAGGAGGAGGAGGAGGAGGGGGAGGAGGAGGAGGAGGAGAGGAUAAAGAUAAAACAGGAGGACGAGGAGGUGGAGGAGGAGGAGGACAAGAAGGAGGAGGCGGAGGAGGAAGAGGAGCAGGAAGAAGAAGGAGAGAAGAUGGAAAAGAGUAACGAGAAGAUUGACGAGGGUCAAGAAAAGGCCAAUGAUAAUACAGAGGAAUAUUUUUCAAAGUUAUCAAGAUUGAAACUAAAGUGGGAAGAGACAAAACGGAAAAAGGAAAGUUUGCAAAAGGAACUAAACGCAUCGUAUAACGAAGGGAAUUUGGAGAAAUUGGCAAAAGUUUUGGGGGAACAAGAAAAUCUGCAGGAAUUCCAAGAGUACCUGAAGCAGCGUAAAAUCGUUCUUACUCGCCUUAAAGACGAGGACAUAAUCUCCCUCUAUGAAGAUCGAUUCUCCACGACUUUAAAAUCGCUCCCUAAAUCGCUUCCAGACCUUAUCGACACUCAACCUCCUAGCGAUCCUCUUUCCGAAGAGCGCUAUUUGGAAUGCGAUUACUGCUCCGAAACCUUCUCCAACCGCGAUGUUCUCGAGGAACAUCUCAAGUCCCACGACUACCGUAUGCUUCAUUAUUGCGACGAUUGUGGGGAGGAAUUUCAAACGAAUAAAGCAAAAAGAAAUCAUAACGUGAUUUGUGUGAAGAAAUUAAUUUGCAAAUAUUGUGACAUAAUUCUCGACUCCAGAGGGAAAAAACGUCAGCAUGAGCAGAAACAUGUUGAUGCUCUUUAUGGUCAACUUUGCGAGGUUUGCGGAGAAAGAUUCAAACACCAAGGAACCCUGGAUCAACACCUGAAGACGCAACACACGAGCUUGGAGAAGAUUUAUCAGUGUCCAAAGUGUCCAAAAAAAUUUGCUUUCAAACAAAAGUUGAGUUUUCAUCUAAAGUCUGUUCACACUACUCUAAGAGCGUAUCUUUGCGAGGAUUGCGGUGCAGAUUUCAAGAAUCCCGCAAGUUUAAGACAUCAUAGAAUCCGAAAACAUCAACCGGUUGGAAAUAAGAGGGAAUGUCAAGUUUGCAGAAAAUUGGUGCCGUUUUACAGUUUGUCGAAACACAUGCACACGCACAAAGCCUAUAGUAUCCAAUGUCCACAUUGCGACAAAAUGUUCAAGAACAGCUCGACUUUGAAGCAACAUGUGAGAAUUCAUGAAGAUCAAAGGCAGUAUCGUUGUGACACUUGCGGCGUGGGAUUUAAUCGGAGGGACGGUUUGAGGCUACAUAUGAGAGUGCACGAAAAAACCGGUAGUAGAGGCUUGAAAGAAUGUUCCUGCCAAGUUUGUGGGGAAAAGUUUCCAAAUCAUUCGACUUUGGUGAUUCAUAGGAACAGAGUGCACAAGGAUGGGAGGCAGUAUACGUGUCACAUUUGUAACAGGUCAAUGAUUUCGGCAAGAUCGCUCGAGUGGCACAUGUCGCACAUUCAUAACGAGUCGAUGCCAGGCAUUAUCCACGACGAAUCUGGUCUGCCUGAAAAGAAACGAGUUUCCUGCUAUCAUUGCAAUAAGACUUUCAAGACGGAGCUGAUUCUUCGUACACACAUAAAAAAUACGCACAUGGAGAAGGACCCGUUAAAGUGCACCGACUGCGAGGCUAUUUUUACAUCCGAAGUGCGUCUCCGUCAUCAUAUGAUGGUCGUCCAUAAUCGUCUCGAGGGUACUUUGGCAUGCCCUCACUGUCCGAAACGAUUCGUGAAUCAGUUAAGGCUAAAGACUCACAUGAUCUCUCAUUCUGAGGAAAGGCCAUAUACCUGCGAGAUUUGCGGUUUCAACCUCAAGACAAAGAUCCAGUUGAUCAAGCAUCAUCAAAACCGGCACAGCGAUGAAAGACCUUUGCAGUGCAGGUAUUGUCCUUGGCGAUGCAAGCAAGUGAGUGCUCUUGUUUGCCACGAGCGCACGCAUACCAAUGAACGUCCAUAUUCAUGUAGCGUAUGCCGGCAACGUUUCAAAUAUCUUGGCGACAAAAACAAGCAUGAACGUCGUCACGAGAGCCUCGGUGGUUCAGGCUUCAAGCGUAUUGUACCCGGAAGGAAUGUCAAACCGAAGACACGCACCGGAGAUUCCGACGGAUCCGAGCAAGAGCAGGGUCUCCUCAAGGAAUCGGCAAGUCAACGGGACAUUCAGGUUACUCAAGAGCAAUACGAGGAACAGCAGGAGGAAGGACAAUAUAGUCAGAAAUUUUCGGAGGAACAAAUGAUCAAGUUCGAACAGGAGCAGAUUGUCAAAUUUGAAGGUCAAGAGGAAUAUGAACAAGUGUACGAACAGGAGUAUGAAGAAACUUCGAGAGAAGCAUCAGAAGCUACCGAGGUAAUUAUGAACAUGGAAGAUUCCAAUGUAUAUACAGAGGAGGUUACGGCCGAUAAUAUAGAAUCUGGCGCGGAGAUCAUAACAGAUGAGUUGAUGACGAAUGACAUUCUGCAAUCUGGCACUGCUGUUGUGCAUCUGCAACGCGAAGACUCGGGGAAGAUUCAAAUGAUACCAGUAGUGCUGUCUCUGCCCGACUUAUCCGACGCAAGCAGCGAAGUUACCGCAUCAAUUAUGUAUAACAACUAGAUUUCACUUUUCUCGGCAAAAAAUGGUUUUCCGUAAAAAAUAUAAUGAACGUAAAAGGUUCUUGAAAGGUCUAAUAAAUCUUUGAACUCUGAUUCCGUUUAAUCUCCCCUCGAUUGUACACAAAGAGUGGCAUAUGCAAAAUGAUGACGGUUUAAUGGAUGGGAAUUUGAUUUCUCAUAAUCUGAAUUUGUCUAAUCAGGAAAGAAAAUAUUGCAGAAGAAUUUGAUAAAACAAGUUGUGGGAAGAAAGAUGUAUGAAAUUCGAAAAUUGAUCAAUUAUGAAAAAAAUAUUCUCAUUAAACGAAAAAGUGCAAAACUAUGUACGAAAAAGAAACCAAAACUCUUGAAAGCGCUUGUUUUGUAAGAUAACGCGAUACGCUAUGUAAACUAUCUUGUAUAAAUUAGUGAGAGCGUGAUAUGUGCGUGCGUAUGUGUAUUGUCCAUUAAAUAAAUCACUCUAUGUAUCAUUAUUUUGCAUCAAUCUUUAUAAAGAUUGUAUUACACGCUUCUUUUUAAUGAACUAUUGCUCUAUUCUCUGUUUA